GUUUGCAGAGCUUUACAUUUGCAGUCAGUGUAGUGUUUGCAAAUAUAGACUGAGCGGCACUCAGCUAGGGAAGUGUGAACGAGCACUAGUUUUGUUAUUUUUUUAAUUGCCGUGCAAUUGAAUUUUGAAAAAAAAUAUAUAUAUUUUUUAAAUUAGUUGUCUUAGAGCUUUUUGCAUAUGUUUUUGUAAAUUGGGGAUCAAUCAUGGACGUCAUACCUAUGUGUAGUAUAUUCCAGGAGCUACAGAUUGUGCAUGACACUGGGUAUUUUUCAGCGUUGCCUUCUCUUGAGGAAUACUGGCAGCAGACCUGCUUAGAGCUGGAAAGAUACCUUCAAAGUGAGCCUUAUGCAUCAGCUGAUUUUAAAUUUGAUAAUCAAGAAGACCUUUGGAGCAAGUUCAUUUUAGCCUGUGGAGACAAAGACUCUGAUUCAAAAACUAUAUGUGUGCCAGAGGAGGACAGUCAUGACUGUCCAAACCUGGAGACAACAAGUGUAAAUUCUGAAGUCAGCAGUGAGUUGUCCGAUAGCUCUGAGGAACUUUCACCUACUAUUGCCUGUAGCUCUGAUCCAAUGGGUGAUGUUUUAGUUAAUUCAGGACAUUUGAGCUCUUCUGUCACCUCUACACCCCCUUCCUCUCCAGAGCUGAGUAGAGAUCCUUCACAGCUGUGGGAUAGUUUGCAGCCCAACUUGCAUUCGCCUGACAGGAUUCGUGUCGUGAGUUCUGGAAAAACUGUAGAAAAAAGUAAUGCAGUCAAUGGAGAGACUUCUCCAGAUGGCAGGAGACGAGUCCACAGAUGUUGUUUCAAUGGUUGCAGAAAGGUGUACACUAAAAGUUCCCAUCUUAAAGCCCAUCAACGCACGCACACAGGCGAAAAACCUUACAGGUGUUCAUGGGAAGGAUGUGAGUGGCGCUUUGCAAGGAGUGAUGAAUUAACAAGACACUUCAGAAAGCACACUGGUGCAAAGCCUUUCAAGUGCUCUCACUGUGACAGGUGUUUCUCUAGGUCGGAUCAUCUUGCCCUUCACAUGAAGAGACACCUCUGAGCCUGUGGAACAGUGAAUCCUGUGGGCUAAGCGGCUUCGAGGCUGAACAGCCUUGUGAUGAGGGAUGCUUGUUCCAGCCAAAGCAUGCCAUUUUGCACCCUUCCCAGUUGCCUCCAGGACCCCUUAAUGAAGGUGUUCUGAGGGCUGAAAAUGAAGUCGUGUAUCAAGCGACGUAAUGACUGUGGUGCGUGAUAGUUGGGGGUUUCCUUGAUGCAUACAUUGGUACCUAACCUGGCUGACUCAAAAGUCUCUGCUGUGAGCAUGUGCACUGAGAAUGUUGAGUGGGUGACUGUAUGUUUUUGAGGAACCCUUGUUGGCUGUAUGUUGAGGAACAGAUUUUUUUUUUCUUUGUGGUUGUGUAAAACUGUAAAAGGAAAAAAAAAAUGGUUUGAAUGUCUGUGUGUAAGGAGUGAACCUGGAAGUGGGAUGACAAUACCAUUCUCCAAGGGUCUCUGUUGCCUUUGUAAAAUAAGGCAGGGACAUUCAACUGGAGAUGGUCCCACCCCUUUCCUGUGUGAGAGGAGCUUUUGGUGUCUGGUGCAGCUAUUAAACGUGCAAUGUGUCAGGUAGCUUGUUUUACUUGCUACAGAGCUCAUUUGUAAUCCAUUGUAUAAGCUGUGUAUUUACAAUUAUAACACAACUAUAAUGUUUCACUAUAAUAGAAAAAGUAUUGCAUGGUUCGGGGGUACUGUACGUAUUUCCAUUCUUGUAAUCAGGACUGCAAUUAUGAUUCCACUUAAGAGCAGCUACAGUAAAAUUGGUCUGAUGUUACAUUAUUGUACAGUAUGUAAACCUGGACACUUUGGGGGGAGGGAGGGUUAACCACUAUAGCUUAAACUUUCUCAUGCAGCUAAUUAUUUAAGCCUUUAAAAUUUAAUUUGUUUAUUUUUUUAUUUUUUUCUGUCAACGCACUGUUAACCUUUUAAAAAAAGAAAGAAAUGGUGCCUUAUGCAAGUGCCCUUGUUCUGACUUUGUCACAGGGUGGGUUCACGUGGGGUAUUAAUAAAGAAAGCUUUAUUAAGGCUCAGAUUCAUGGGAUGUAAUGUACUGUAAAUGUCUGUAUUCAGUUUAAAGACUAGACUGUUCCAUUUACAAAAUGUGUGUAUCGCAGGGAUUUUUUUGGGGGGAGGAGGAGGGGCAUCAGAUAGUGCUAUUUUUGAUAUGUUGAUAUGUUUACUUUCUAAUGUGUAACAGCCAAUGGAUCUGUCUUAAUGUGGUUCAGCAACUUGCUUCUUUUUAUAUUGACUUGACUUUGCACAAUCAAUAAAAGUCAGACCGUACGUAGUUAAAACGCUUUAUGCAUUCACUACUGUGUAGUAGUUAAGACUUCUGCAUCCGCCAUGAUGCAUUUCCAGUUGUAACUCUUGUUCCAGGUAUCUGGGAAUUGGGAGUCUAAAUAUCCAAACCAGCUGUGCAUUGAUUAAUGUGUAGGCUAAACUUCUGUAUGUAUUAUGUUGUUUGAUAGUUAAUGGCACUGCAGCUUGUAUUGUUUUGUUAGGUGAUGCCAAAGCCAACCAGUUACAUAACCAGAACUCUCUUUUCCAAAGUGUAACCUGCACAGAUUAGUGCCACUUAAUGUUACAAAGCAGUUAUACGUGUGUGUUUUGCCAGUUGAGCUGCUAAAAGAUUUUGGCAUUAUUUUGACCUCUGACUGAUUACUGCCAUCUGGAAAAGAGUAACGUUUUAAUACCUGUUCCUUAUCUUUCAAUUUGUUAUCCUGUCGGAAGUACAAAAUGGAUUUUUAAAGAUAAUGUGUUUGACAAGCCCACCCCACAAAACCAGUAAAGGGGAAUGCACAUUUUACUGAGUUUUACGAAACUGUUCAGGUCAGUAGCCUCAUCACUUGAAGCACUUUGUAAUGCAUCCCUUCUGCAAGUCAUACAGUUAAAAGUGCAGGUUUCUCACAUUAAAGAUGCUGCUCACAUCUGAGUCAGCUUUUUUACAAUUCUAACAAGAACAUAUGACCAAGCUAAAUUUUGGCCAUUCAUAAUGAAGUCUUUGAUACUGAAGCAUUUACAGGGAGAGGACAGGGGUGUUUGUAGCUUCCAGAAAGGCUUCAAAACUAUCUUGAUAAUUAGAACGGUUUUGUUUGAAUACAAACUGCUAGCCUAAGAUAUUUAAUGGUAGAAUUUAUCCAAAGUUGAUGUCAAGUACAGUAAUACUUGCCUGUAAAAUCUCCUUCAGUUACCCUGCAUGUCUUCAGUAAAUCAAGUAUGAACAGGUUUUCCGUCUUUGAACAUUCCAGGGUGUACAAAUUCUGCAGCCUGCAUACAUUUUAAGUUCUUGUCAUGUAACUGGUUUGGGCCUGUCUUUUUUUCCCCUCUCACUGCAGAGUUAUUUGUCCUUGCUAUGCUGAAACUGAGAGAGCAGUAGAAAAGUGGCAAAACCUGUAAUUCUGCUUUGUCGAAGAGAUGUGCUUGCUCUUCGUUUUUUGUUUACCUUCCAGGUUGUUUGAAAUGCUACAUUUUUUUUUUUUAAUUUUCCAUCUACAUUUAGUAGCACUUUACCAGUUUGUACCUGUUUAUAAGCAAGGGGUGUAAAAAUAAUGAAGUAAUAUGCAUUUGAAAUAACUCCACAAAGAAUGAAUUUUGGGCCUUUUGUCACUUGUAUUCAGUACUUAUGGGGGACUUCUGAGCCUCAUUGAAGCUUUUAACAAGUUUCUUUUUGGUAAAACCUCUUUGAAAAAUGCACCGUUUAUCUCUUAAAAGCCUUUUUGUAAGAUUUUUGUAAGACUUUGUUUUACAGGAUUUUAUUUUGAAUUUGUUUUCUUAAGAUUGUUAUAUUUCUGUAUGAAUGUAUUUUUUAUUGAAAUAACAUGGAGCAGAUUCUUAUCAGCA